AUGGAGGAGAUUCAGCGUGAAAAUCCCAGAGCCCAGACUCAAAGACCUCAUCGAACCAACUCGGUGGAGCAAGCCAGCGGAUCCAAAAGGGGCGGUUCUGGCGAACGGCCUAGCGAGGAUAGGAAAGAACGAAGAGAUAAUCGUCAACGUGAGGAUCAGAAAUUCGAAGACCAGGUCUACACGAAGCUAAACACCAGCUACUCUCGCAUCCUAAGGGAGAUCAAAGGACGGGAAAAUCUUGAGUGGCCAUGGUCCAAAGGGAAACAGCCCCCAAGGUCCGAGAAAUCUAAGGAAUACUGCAAAUUCCAUUGCUUCAAUGGCCACCAGACCGAGAAAUGCAAAAACCUCAAGAUAAUGAUCCAAAAGCUGAUCGACGCAGGAGAUCUCAAGCAGUACAUACAGAAAGCGGAUACCGAAUAUAUGACCAAACGAAGCAAGCAGAUUCAAUUGCCUGAAGGAAACCGAACCCUUAAUACCAUCUCAUGCUCCGAAGCCGCAGGGCCUUCGCUAACAACGCAAAUAGGAAAAAGGUUAAGGAAACAAUUUGAAUACUACUAUGAACUGUACAAAAUCGAUGGAGUGGAGGUAGACGAACACGGACAUUGGAUGAACGCACCUAUGACUUUCGAUGCUGAAGACAUCGAAGAGGAUAUGGAAGAUCACAAUGAUCCUUUGGUCCUCACGUUACCAGUAGCAGGAUGA